GAGAGAUCGAGAAAAAUGACCCCCACUCGCGGUAACGAGGAGAUAGAGGGGCGCUCGUAUAAAGACUAUGCCUACAGCCCUGUACCAGUGAGUUCCUCUUCGGCGGUGUUUGAUACCGCCACCCCCGACAAGGAAUCUGUGCAGUUGAACGUGGAACGCGACAAGAAAUUCUGCAGGACAUCAUCGUGCGUCGUCGCCGUACAUCACCCCGAAAGCAUGACGGAGAAGGGCUCGAAGCUGGUCCAGUUCCUGGCCGCGGCGGCGGGCAAUCUGAGCGUCGUUGCGACCGGUGCCAUGCUGGGAUGGACGAGUCCGAUCCUCCCAAUGUUAGAGAAGGAUGGUGGGCCCUUAGGUUCGCCGAUUAGCAGCGAACAGAGUUCCUGGAUUGGAUCGCUGGUGGCCCUUGGCGCGAUCAUUGGCAGCUUCAUCUCGGGAUACCUCGGAGAAAGGUGGGGUCGUAAACGGUCGUUACUGUGCUCCGUGGUGCCGUUUCUGAUCGGAUGGAUACUGGUCGCCACCGCAAAUCACGUCGCUCAGUUUUACAUUGCUCGGUUAAUAUUUGGAAUCGCCCUGGGCUUCCCGUUCACGAUUCUGCCCAUGUACUGCGGCGAAAUCGCGGAGGUCUCCAUCAGAGGAGCACUAGGCUCUUUUCUUCAGCUCUUCAUCACAUUCGGCUUGCUGUAUUCUUAUGCCAUCGGGCCGUUCGUCAGUUACACAGUCUUCUGGAUCGUCUGCGCCAUCCUGCCGAUACUUUUCUUCGUCUGCUUCAUGAUGAUGCCAGAGUCUCCAUAUUUCCUUCUUGCUCAGGGCCGCAGGGACGAAGCGAUCACAUCCCUAGCGAAGCUUCGAAGCAAAUCCGAAGCGGCUGUCCAGAAAGAGGCCGACGAAAUACAGGUGAUACUCGACGAGGCGUUCCGGGAACAAGUCAGCAUCUCCGAUCUGUUUACGGUAAAGGCCAAUUUCAAGGCCCUGAUCUACACCUGCACCAUGGUGAUGUUCCAGCAGUUCACCGGGAUCAACGUCGUGCUGUUCUACAUGCAGAAGAUCUUCAUCGCCGCCGGAAGUUCCGUGCCAACGGAACAAGCACCGAUCGUCAUCGGUGCUGUGCAACUGUUAGCUUCAGCCCUGACGCCCAUUGUCGUGGAUAGGGCGGGCAGAAGGAUACUCCUCGUCUUCUCCGGUAUCGGCGAGGUAGUCAGCUUGUGUGCCCUGGGCUUGUACUUCUACCUGAAGGAGGUUGUGCAGGCAACCGACGUGUUGGAGCAGAUAUCCUGGCUACCGGUGGUUGCGCUCAUCGUCUUCAUCUCCACCUACAGCGUAGGUUGGGGCUCGUUGCCGUGGGCUGUGAUGGGAGAGAUGUUUGCGUCGAAUGUCAAGGCGAAGGCUUCCGGCAUUACGGUAUCCGUCUGCUGGUUCCUGGCCUUCCUCAUCACCAAGUUCUCCAGCACCAUGGAGGAGGCAUUGGGCAACUACGCGCUCUUCUGGACGUUCGGAGGCUUCUCUAUCCUCAGCGUCAUCUUCACAGUGUUGUUACUGCCGGAAACGAAGGGCAAGAGCCUCCAGGAGAUCCAGGACGAGCUCAACGGGGUGACUUCGAUCAGCCAGGACGUCGAGAACGUGACGAAAAAGUGAGGGCAGUUGCGCGACACCCCGAAAAUUCGGCAUCUCUUGGCAAACGGUACAUUCGAUGAUGGUCUCUUCACGGUGCCCACGAGAGAAGAACUUGGUAUUCGUCGAGACAAAGGGGAAUUCAAGUGGAAUUCAACCUGAUUAAUCUAUGUGCCUAUCAUUCUACUGCCAGAAUCGAGGAAACCGAAGUGUACGAGCACAUUUUGUACAUAGAAGAUAAUGGUUUCUAUUUUUGCGCGCGGAGGAUUCUCUCCACGCACGGGACCGAAAUGGCGUUUCAACCUCUCCGUCUUCCUAACGCGUUACGUAAUAAGAGGCAAGGCACUGCGAUUGUACGUGUAACGAGAAGAGAAAUCACGCCAUGUAAUGUAUUUGCGAAUGCACUUGCGUUGUCGUACUUCGGUACGGUCCAUUGUCAGUGAAACUUCGUAAAUCGUGCGCGAAGGAAUUUGUGACGUGCCAGUGAACGUUCCCUCGAACGUUUUCCAACAAGUUCCUGUCUGGCCCGUGAUCCGGAGGACGUCGCGAUUGUUAAUGAUUACGAUUAAUCUUUAAUCCUAUUUUUAAUCCUAAUCGCGAUUUUUAUAAUAUUCUGACUACGGACGCAGUGGGGGAAGUCGUACUCUCACGGCGUACCUCUGCUUCACGGGUGAGAGACUAGUCAUUUUGUAAUGCGCCUAUACAGAGAACAUAAUUAUUAACGCCGGUAAUAUCAAGGUCUGGACUAGGGCUCGCUAUUAUACGUUUAAACGGAAACACGUUUGCACGUAUAAUUAGCAUAUCCGUUCAUUAGAAACGUUUUCCCGAAUAUACGUGUUUUAAGGUAUUAUACGUAUAAACGGAAAACGUUUACACGUAUAUUAAACGUUUAUCUGUUAUAAUCGCGCCUUACGUAUAAACAUUUUUCUACAAGUAAACAUUUUUCUCCACCUCCUAUUUUUAAUUUCAUUGGCUCGUCAUUGGCUUGUCAUUGACGUUACACCAAGUCGACGACGACGACGUUGCACCACGUCGACGACGACGACGUUGCACCACGUCGACGACGACGACGUUGCACCACGUCGACGACGACGAUGUUGCACCACGUCGACGACGAGGACGACGACGACGUUACACCACGAGGAUAACACAAGCUGAAAUUGGUUGCAUGUAGUCGAUUACCGCAUAAUUUCAAGUUAUUGACCUUCGAAGACUACUUCACAUCUUCGAAGCUUCGAUCCUUAAUUCGUAUAAUAAUCGUAUAAUAAUCGUAUAAUAAACGUUUACCCACAAGUAAACGUUUAUCUGGAAAUAAGUGUAAACGGAUAAACGUUUAACGUUUACACGUAUAUUCGAUAAACAAAAUAAAAUCAGAGCCCUAGUCUGGACGAAAUCUUAUCGUGACUAAAUGAAAAGAGAAAUAAGUUAGCAUUGUUAGGACUGCCAAUAACGUACAGUUGUUUAAAGUAACGCCCUUGUUAACGGAUAAAUUGACGAUAAUUUGACAAUCAGUUGUUUAAUCGCGUGCGAUAAGAUACGGCUCUCCAUACUUUGCAUACAAUAUGAAUAGUUAGUCAUACAAAUUAAAUGAUAAGCAAUAUUUAAAUACCGUAUUACUAGCUGAGUUACAGUCGUUCUUUAAGAUAGUUUAUAUAUGAAUAAAAUGAUAUUUCUAUAUUGUUUUAUUCAUAUUAUAUCUUGCAUAGUGAUAUUUUAGUACUAUCUAUCUUUAAAUAUACAACGCAUUUCUUUACUUUAAUAGAUCGUAGAAAUAAGAACAAUUUUUAAUUUAAUACCAUCUCAAUAUUAUCGAGAACUGUGACGCUACGUAUCUUCUUAGUGAAAAACUGAUCUUUUUAUAUUUGGGAUUAUUUUACACAUGUUAUAUGACGCAGUCUAUAUAUUCAGAAUGAAAAUUUAUAAUUAUAGAAAUAAUUCUGUAAUUAAGCGCUGAUCGCACAAACAAUUAACGAAUAAGUCUUUUAUAAAAUGUUACAGUAUAUACUGUAUAAUAUGCAGGCUAUAUGACUAAAAUUAUUGAAACAAUCUUUUGUAAAAUAUAAUACGUAAUACGUAUGAGAGCGCUCUGUUUAAUGAAUGACGAAUGCAUAUAAGUUCUUUUUACCUUUCACAUUAAAACGUUCAUCUUCUAUGCGGAUAAAUCGAGUUUGAAAGUGAUAGACCUUGCUUAAUGAUGUUCCACGUUAUUCUAUAACAAAUCGAUUCUGUCGAUAAUAGUAUCGACACAUGUGUAGACACAUAUUGUACAUAUAUUAUAUUUUAGUACGCAAGAUACUUUCGCACGUCGAUACACGCAGAUAUACUUUUGUACAUUGUUACAAUUAUAAAUAAAUUAUAAAUAUAUUUUAAUCAAAUCU